AUGAGGGCUGUGCCUUUUCUCUCGCUACUCCAGGCCGGAUUGUUGACGACUGGGAUAGUGGCGCAGCAGAUUGCUUUUGUGGGCACCAACGCCAACGCGAUAGCAACUGUCAGCUUUGAUACCAAGACCGGAGCACUAAAGGUCAUCGGGAACAACACAGAGUCAAGCACUCCGUCAUGGCAGGAAGUAUCCAAGGACGGGAAGCUGCUGUAUUCUAUCGAAGAGACGUCGACUGAACAUGCGUUGACGAGCUACUCUAUUGCUCAGGAUGGAAAGCUGAAGAAGUUGGGCUCUAUCAAGGGGCUGGCGGGACCUGUCUCCUUGGACAUGCACCCUACUCAGCCUAUAAUCAUUACUGCAAACUAUGGCUCUUCGAGUGCUUCGGCAUACGCUACAAACAGCACCGGCCAGUUCACGCACCUAGGCGACUUCAUGUUCAAAAUGCAAGGCCCAGGAACAGUACCGGACCGCCAGGAUGCUCCUCACCCACACCAGGCUCUCUUCGACCCAACCGGCAAAUUCGUGGUCAUGCCAGACCUGGGCUCUGACGUGAUCCGCGUUCUCAAGGUCGAGUCAGGUCCCAAAUUCAGCGUUGCGCCUCCCAACAAGGUCAAGCCCGGCACCGGGCCUCGCCAUGGGGUACUCUACCCUGCCGCAGACAAGUCUAAGUUCUACUAUGUUGUUGGCGAGCUUUCGAACACCGUGACCGUGAUGUCUGUCGAAUACAUGGUCGACACCCUCAAGCUUACCGAGAUACAAACCCUCUCUACGCUUCCAGACGGGCAGAAGGGAGCGGCAGGUGAACUCAUCAUUUCACCGUCGGGCAAACACCUGUAUGCCUCGAACAGACUUGACAAGAUCUUCCCCAACUCCAGCUCCAUCGCUUCGUACUCCAUCGACCAGAUGACGGGCAAGCUGAAGCUGCUUGAGAUCUUCAACGGCGGCGUGGAGAAUAUCAGACACAUGUCUAUUCACCCCAGCGGCAAGUGGUUUGUGGCUGAGGGCCAGAAUUCAAAUAACAUCAAGGUGUUCAGCCUUGACCCUGAGUCUGGAAAGGUGAACAUCGAGGCCAAGUCGACGCUGGAGAUCGAGAAGCCUGUCUGCUUGCAGUGGUGGGAUAACGGUGCUCAAGACAGUGAGAAGAAAGAGAAUGAGACCGAAUGUGAAUAUGACUAG